UAGCUCGAGUUCUUAGCAAAAUGUUUCGGCUUCUGGUGCUCAUUUGCUUUCUGCAGCUGUGGAGCUGUCAAAAAACCACCGAGAAAUAUGUCGUUGCGAGUUUUGGCAAGGUCAAUUGGUUUCAGGCACAUCAAAUAUGCCACCGAUCCGACAUGAUUCUAGCCACAGUCACCAGCUAUGAGCAGCAUGUGCAGGUGAUUCGCAGCAUAGCUCUUAAUGGUCAUUUGCUAGGCUAUGAAGGAUUCUGGCUGGGCGCCAGUAAUUUGGCGGAUCUGAAAUCGUGGACUUGGCUGGGCCUUGGUAUACCCUUGGGCUACAAGAGAUGGGCCAGUGAUGAGCCACAGUCGGAUUUAAUUGGCAAAGAGGGCUGCAUGGUUUUGGGGCUGGACACGUCCUGGUACAGUGUGGAUUGCCGCAGUGAAUACUAUUUCAUCUGCGAAAGACAAUGCAACUCAACAAAAUCCCUGGAGCCCUUGUACAUAUAAAUCAAAAAGCAGCUCCUUAUAUUAUAAAUCAAAUCGACUGCAA